AUGGGCUUAUCGCCGUCAAACAGCCACCACCGACGGCGGAGCUCAGUCCUCACCAGCACGGCUGGUUCUUCCCAUGCCGCUGCCCUAGACCAGCGGGACGACCCAUCGAGAUUGACAGGUGAUGGCCUCGGAUACAAACGGGACGACCUGAAAGUGGGCGAGGAUCCAGACGUGUCGGACCUUUCCUCCAUUGCGGAGAGUGUGGAAAUGGAUCAUAUCACCUCAGAUGACGACGUUCACGAUGACGAGGAAACGGGCCUCACGGCGAGACAACGACGCCAGAGACGACGCCGGAGACAACAACGCAGGCAGUUGGAUGCUCGGAUUGCCGGGGUCAAGGCGUCGAAAACCGAUGAUCUCGCGGGUCAGAGUGUCACCCAGCGGCUCCUGAUCAAUGCGACGUUGAUCCUGAUGUGGUAUUUCUUUUCGCUGGCGAUCUCGAUUUACAACAAGUGGAUGUUCUCCGAAGAUGACAUCGUAUUCCCCUACCCUCUCUUCACCACGAGUUUGCAUAUGCUGGUUCAGUUCACGCUCGCCUCGACCCUCCUUUGGAUCUUCCCCUCCCUACGGCCAAAGGCCCCCCCUCCGCCCGAUGGGGCGGAACCCGAACCCCUCCUGACCAAGCUCUUCUACUUCACUCGUCUCGUCCCCUGCGGAACGGCCACGUCGCUCGAUAUUGGUCUGGGGAACAUGUCCCUCAAAUUCAUCUCGCUCACCUUUUUGACCAUGUGUAAAUCGUCCGCCCUCGCCUUUGUCCUCAUCUUCGCCUUCCUCUUCCGCCUCGAAACUCCUUCGUUCAAGCUCAUCCUCAUCAUCGCCGCCAUGACCGUCGGCGUCGUCAUGAUGGUCGCCGGCGAGACGGCCUUCAAUACCAUCGGCUUCGUCCUCGUCAUCGCGUCGGCCUUCUUCUCCGGCUUCCGGUGGGGCUUGACACAGAUCCUCCUUCUCCGCCAUCCCGCCACCGGCAAUCCCUUCUCCACCCUCUUCUUCCUCACUCCCGUGAUGUUCCUGUCCCUCAUCGUGAUUGCCACCUCGAUCGAGGGCCCGUCUCAGAUCUUCACCGGCGUGGUGGCCCUCACCGACGAGCACGGGGGUGCCUUCGCGGCGUUCCUCCUCAUCUUCCCGGGCGUGCUCGCCUUCUGCAUGAUCGCGGCCGAGUUCGCCCUUCUGAAACGGUCCUCCGUGGUCACCCUGAGUAUCUGCGGCAUAUUCAAAGAGGUGGUCACCAUCAGUGCGGCCGGUGUCAUCUUCCACGACCAGCUGACGCUGAUCAAUUUGACGGGCUUGUUCGUGACGAUCUGCAGCAUCGGCUGCUACAAUUACAUGAAAAUCGCCAAGAUGCGCGCCGAUGCCCAAAAGGCCUCGUGGGACCGGAGUCCGGAUCUGGACUCGGACUCGGAGGACCUGGGUCCCGUCCGGACCCGGGGUGGAUACCACCAGGUCGCGGACCAGGAGACCACGAUGGUGGAGUCCCCCACGAUCCACGUCGAUGACAAUGUCAAUAUCACGCCCCCGAGCGACGCGCCCAUCAACGGAGGACGGUCGUACCGGGUUCGCGCCAGCGGAGCGAGCAGUGCUGUCCACGGGCUCAGCAUCAACACCACGAACCUGGAGGAUCCAGAUAAGAUCCAAGUGUCUCGGCCGUCUCCCAUGAAAUCGGCCCCGCCGAUCGUCAUCUCCGCCGACACGCAGUUCCCACCCCAGGGAACGCGAGGACCCAGCCCGUCCGAGGAUACUCGAUCAUCGCCCGAACGACACCCGGCCAGUGAUGGACAAUGA